ACGAUUUUUCAAUGGAGGUUUUGGAGGAAGAAUACAAUAACAAAUCUGACGAUAUAGCUGUAAGCCCGAGCCAACGAGCCAUUUUAGAAUAAACAAAGACGCCUCUCGUGAGAACUUCGAUCUGUGUUCUCAAGUAGAUGGUAGGCCCAGCGAAAAUUACAUCUAAGGGAACAAAAGAUAAUGGUUUUGCAGGUGGUCGCCACAGACAAUUGCUCUCUCCUUAUCCUUCCUGACUAAUUCUCCUCUAGUUUUACAUUUUACUAGUGUCCUUUUCACUACUGGUAGCAUGAGGCGGUAAAUGCAGCCCAUUCAGGUUGCACAGGUAGUCCAGCUCUUCGAGGAUGGCACAUUCAUACCUGCCGUCGCAAGAAGGUUUGCUGUGUCCCCAAUACAGUGUAUUGUGUGGCUCAAGUGACAAGUCCUCCAUGCGAGGCAUAAGCUCAGUGUUCCAUGUACCGCAUCUUCAGGUUUUUUACAAUAAAAGUCAACUUGUUUUGUACUACAAUCAUCUGGAUUGUUUCACAGAAUUCAGGUCACAGCACCAGAGAUCCCAGAGGAUCUCACACUGAUUGCUGUAUACCAUACUGCUGUUCCCGGAAAAGACUCAAUUCUAGCCUCUUAUCUGGGUGCCGGUCGCGAUGGGCCGCGGCAGCCCAGCCCGCAGUGUACCAGUGGUGUUGCUGUGCCUCGGUUCUCUGCUCUUUGGGAAUGUGUUAAUCUACCUGUACAUAGACUCACUGCACCAAACUGGCAACCAUCCAAUGCAGCCCCAUGGCCCUUGCCUGCCUCACCACUUCAAGAUUUCAUCUAUGAAGAACUGCUCCCCAUGGUUGCUGUGUCAACAAAUUAACACAGAAGUUCGCAAGUUAAAGAUGAUCGGCCAAGGGGCUGUAAAGAAGAUUUAUCUCUCUGAGUGGAAAGGUAACAAGGUUGCCCUCUCCCGGCUCUCGUCCCCUGAGUUCCAGCAGGACCUUCUGCACGGCCUCUCCAUGCUUCAAGCCCUGCAGGGGCCCCAGGUGGUCCAGCUGGUGGGGCUGUGCCCCGAGGAGUUCAGCCUUGUCACAGAGUACCACCCGCUGGGCUCCCUGCUCAACCUGGACACCGUACUGGCCAGUGAAAGGCAUCGCACUCUGGACACCUGGCAGACCCGGCUGCAGCUGGCUCUGGACUAUGUUUCCAUCCUACACUUCCUUCAUACCAGUCCUGCGGGGACACGCGUCAUGUGCGAUUCAAACAAUCUAGAGAAAACACUGUCACAGUUCCUGCUUACUAGUGACUUUCACCUCGUGGUCAAUGAUUUAGAUGCCUUGCCUCUGGCAGACAAGGAAAGGGGCCUACUGGUGAAAUGUGGUCAUAGAGAGCUCAUGGGGGACUUUGUGGCUCCAGAGCAGCUGUGGCCUCAUGGCAAUGGGCAGCCAUUUACAGAUGAGCUCAUGCCAGGGUAUGAUGAAAGAACUGAUAUUUGGAAAAUUCCUGAUGUGACACGUUAUUUAAUGGGCAGGGUACCUGGGGGGGAUGUGGUCCACUUCCAUCUCUUUCACAUUCAGAGAGAGUGUAAGAGGAGAGACCCUCAGUUCCGGCCCUCUGCCUCGGACGUGUUGAGCGUGUACAGAUCUGUGUAUUCCAACAUGGUGCGGGACACCCUCAGCCCCGACUCCAGAGACAUGCUUUAGUCUCAGACCUUGUGGAAUUGAAGAUACUUUUCAUCCGUGGAAGAAGCAGGUGCCUUUUCAGAUGAUUUGCACAAAAUGACUUAUUUUGGGGUUUUGUGAAAAAAGUAUGCUGCAUUGGAAAUAGCUGAAAUGAGGUGCAACAGGAAUUAUAAAGAUGGCAAAUAAAUGAACCAAAAUUACGUUUUUGAAAAGUAAAAAUAUAUGACAAACAAAUCAUGUUGCAGUAGAAUUUCAGUAUGUACACACAUGGUAAAGACAGGAAAGCACAGUAUCGUCAUGGAUAUGAUGUUAUGACGGAUUGCAGUAUUUAUUAUGACGAAGGAAAGGUAGUGCUUUAACAAUUUUACAGUCAACAAGAUGACUUUAUAACAAAUACCAAUAAAACUGAUUAAAGAAAGAAAGAAUAACUACAUCCGAAAGCUGAAUGUAAUCCCUGACAAGCUAGUGCUGUUUGUAAUGAAGACAUUGAAUGAAAUUUCUGCCUUGCUGCAUCAUCAGUUAAGAGAACGUUAAUACGUUCUAUGAUCUCACGCACAAUAAAAACUUUGCCAGACCAA